ACUUGAGGUACUACAGUUCGAUUGGAAGCCUCGCGGUGCGACGACGCCUCUCAGAAAGAGUCUGGUUCGACGCACACGAGGUCGGAUGAAUCUGGUCGGGCCCUUUCUGGCGGCACUGCCAGAGGACCUCAGCGCCAUGAUCGUGGCGGCUGUGCUCUGCGCGUCGCUGCUGCUCACGCUGGCCAUUCUGCAGCAAGGCGCUCGAACCUCAAUAUUCCAAGACGGCUUGAUCUUCUUCAGGCCAGUGUGCCACGUGGCAGCCGAUCACAUUGACGCCGCGACAGACGACACCGACGCAGCGGAGAUCCCAAUGACAACAAGCAACCGCACACCACCAGGUUCGAUCGGUGCCCAGUUGGUACUGGCGUCGCACCUCCCGGCGCUCACGCUGCUUCUCUCGCUCGUCGCCGUCGCCGGUGCGGUCGUCGUCGCGACGACGACGACAACUCGGUGAUCUCGUGCGAUGCCGAGUGUAUAUAAAUCUGGGAUAUGAACUCGGCGGCGGCAGGUGGUCGGCCGAACCUAUACUUUAGACAAGUUGUUGCAAUGAAAAUUUACGGGGAAUUCCCGAUCUGCGACGGUUGCCCAUCAUUCC